AGUGCAAGUUUUGUGUGCAGUACGUUUCAACCCUUUCUCUUCCACCUCGUGUUUUACCUGGUGUGCGGCGCUGCACACGUCCCGCUGCUUCCUCGAGCCCCCCCCUACCCGGGGCGUAAGUGGCACUCCCCUUGGAGGCGGUGGUGUUCCCGGCCCCCGCGCCAGGCGCCUGCCUACGAACGGGGGUGGGUGAAGGACGCGAUGAUGAUGUCGAGCGACGAGUACGAGGAACUGUAUCUCGCUUCCGUGAGGGUGCCCCUGGUUUUGGCCGUGUUCUUGGGGCUCUGGGGGCUCGUGAUCCUGGUGCUGCAGGCGCUGCAAAUCGAGUUCAGCUCCGUGCUCCGAAAGGCUUCCGGACCCCGCCUUGCGACGGAAGACCAAGGAGAUACCUCCGGAAAGGGAAAGCCGACGCGGGUGCCCACCCCCCCAAGCUGGCGGCAGGUCGUGUCCACGGCCGCGGGGUUUCUUGGAGUGCUGCUGGCGUGCAUACACGGGUCGCGCAUGCUUCGGGUCCCCCCGACCGUGGCGGUCGGGGGCUUCUACUUCAUCCUCGGGGGGGCGUUGCUGGUGCCGCUUCAGGCUCCGUCCGUGAGGCAACACACGGCACUGUUCUUCACGUCGCUGGCAGGCGUCUUCUUCCCAGCCACGGACGUACACUUCGCCGAGGUGUUGGUUGCUGACGCGCUGACGAGCCUCUCGAGGGUGUUCGCCGACGUUGCGGUGACCUUCCUGCUCGUGGCCAAGGGCUGGGGGAUGAGGUACCCCGGAUGGGCGUUCUUGUACACCCCCUGCGUGUUCGCCAGCUUUCCUUACUGGGUCCGUGUGCGGCAGUGCGUAAUGCAACUCACGUACGAGGUGGACCCGAAACGGAAGUUGCUGUUGGCGAUAAACGUCGGCAAGUACCUCAGCGCCUUCCCGGUGAUCUGGCUCACCGGGUACCAGGCGAUGCGGCACUACGACGGGGCUGCGUAUCUUCCCGGCGUGGGAAAAGCCAUCAUUGCGGCGGCCCUGCUGAACUCGGUCUACUCCUUCGCCUGGGACGUGAAGAUGGACUGGGGGCUCGGCCAACGGGGGAGCCGCAGAUGGGGGCUCCGCAACACGCUCCUCAUCUGCCACGAGGCCCCCUGGCCGUACUACGUGGCGGUGGCGGUGGACCUGGUGCUGCGGCUGACGUGGGUGGCUCGGCUGGCGGAGGAACGGUUCAGGAGCGUGGACAUGGUGCUAACUCUGGAGCUAGUAGAGAUCCUACGGCGUUCGAUGUGGAACGUGUUCCGAUUGGAGUGGGAGUGCAUCCAGUGCCUCGGUGGCGCGAAGGCUGUCCGGCUAGACAAGGGAUCCGACGCCCUUCGUGUAUGAGACGGAUCAUGAGUCAUGAUGGUGUAUGUGGUGGCUGUAGUAUUUCAGUAGUCUGACAACAUGAGGUUGGGAGAGAAUUGUUGUACAUACAUACGUGUUGGUGGCAAUCGCAAGGAGACUUGAAAUCGGAAAUAGGGUUCCACGACAUGUGAAGUAUUGGUGUUCGCGGUGGUUUUGCGUCUUAAACGCGGCUGGGGAGAGAGAGAGAGGAGUUGGCUCGAAGUUGGUGUUGUAUCUUUUUUACGUCCCAUGUCACAGCGAUCGGUGGUAUGAUUCAUGCGAUACAUAUUUUGUUGUCCGGCGUUUGCGCGGACAUGUUUGUUUUGGUUUUUCGUGCCCAUGCAGCAAACUGAUGGUUUUUGGUGUGAUGCCCUCUCUGCGAACGGCGCCGAUGUGCGACGUAGACGGCGCUGCUGAUAUAUAUAUGUAUGGGAGCCAGUUGAUACGGAUUGAUCAUCUGGAUGUGUUGCCGUCAAUGUUGUACUUACGUUUUAAAUCCGAAGCGACUAGAAUUUGAAAGUGUCAAGUGUGUUGUUUCUGCGGUUGGCAAGAUUUCUUGCCAAUUUUCGUUUUUUUUUCGGGCUGGUGUUGUUCGAGAAAGUGUUGCGUUGCCAUUUCUUGGCCCUGCUCGAUAUUCAACGUCUGUGUGUUUUAUUUUUCCAUGGGGAACCACCUCUAAAACGGCAUAAGAAAGAGACGCCGACUUCUGGCCCAUGGAUGGCAAGCGAUGGCGUAGGGGGCGAACGAAGCAUGCCAGGCGGAAAAGGUCCGAGAGAACAGAGGCUUGGGUGUAUCCUUGCUGCUGUCGCUGUUUCUCCAUCCACUCGAGGGCGUACGAGCUCAUUCUGUACCCACAAACAGCUAGAGAAUAGCGCCUCUUGCUCCUCCAUUAGUACACCCGAUGGGGUGUUUGUGGAACUACUGUUUUUGACGUGUUUUGGGUCAUCGAUUUGUCAAGAGCUGGUUUGUUGUUUGUCAAGUCCUGGAACUAUGCUCUUCGUCCCGGGGUUGUGGCUGAGGAUGGUACGCAGUUGCUUGGAUUAUUAUCUUCGUGUGCGG